CUCUUCUACUCUUUCCAUCUUUAUCAUUCGAUCAAACCGGUUUUGACACUUUUACCAUUGGUAUCUAAUUCAAAGACUCCUCUUAUACUACAUUCACACUCCCCAAACUAGUCAAAAUGCGCUUCACAUUCGCUUUUCUUCUCUUCCUCAUUACCCUCACCGUCGCUUUGCCAGCUGCCAAGGAGAAGUCCUCGUCCACCAAGACCAAGCUUGUAAAGGGCAUCGAAAGCAACCUCAAGCAUGGAGACAAGGAGAUAAAGGCCACUAAACAGGCGCAAGAUGAAGCCGCGAAGGGCAACGACAAGCAAGUCAAGAAGAAAGAAGGCAAGAUCAACGACGCUCUGGACGCAGCGAUCAAGGACCGCAAGGGCAACCAAAAGCUUGCUGGGAACAAGGACCCUGCCUUGACCAAGGGUCUCGGCAAGGUUGAGAAUGCGCAGAAGGGUGCCAAGAAAACCGUGGGGGGUUUGACCGGUGACUCCAAGAAGGACAAGGCCGCGCUGGGGCAGUUGGGCGCAACUUUCGAGAAGGGCAAGAAGACCAACACCGAGAAUCUCAAGGAGGCCAAGAAGAACUUCCAUUAGCGAUAACUUGGGGACCAGAUCUCUAACGCCCGGCUUUGAAGGGGGUUUCUGAGCUACAACUGAGCUUGCUUCUUUACAACUGUGCCGACUAUAUGUUCAAAAGGGAAGCUCUCACUAAUUGUAUGGAGAAGACUACUUUUGUUUCUUGGUUGAAGCCUUCACACAGACUAAGUAGAGGAUUUGACGGUACGGAAAGCGCAGGUAUAGAGUCAUUGAUAGAUAGGUGGUAUGCAUGUUGAUCAUGCUUGGCUUAAAUAGGUUUAUCUAAGGAGUUCAACUACUACAA